UGUCAAAAUGGCGUUGUUCGGAAUGAGAGACUGGAGUUAGUUCAAUUAUACUGUAGCAUUUAUUCUGUCAUUGAGCAGCGGAUUGAUCAUAAGUUAGGAGCAGGAUGGCCACUCUGGAUCAGAAAUCCCCCAACGUGCUUCUCCAGAGCCUCUGCUGCAGGAUCACGGGGAAAAGCGAAGCUGAAGUAGCCCAUCAGUUCCAGUACGCAGUGCGGGUCAUUGGCAGUAACUACGCUCCUACUAUUGAGCGAGAUGAGUUCCUGGUGUCAGAGAAGAUCAAGAAAGAGUUGCUGAAGCAGAGGAGAGAGGCAGACGCUGCUUUGUUUUCAGAGCUGCACCGAAAACUUCAGACGCAGAGUGUCCUGAAACAUCGCUGGUCUGUUCUGUACCUGCUGCUCAGCCUCUCUGAAGAUCCCCGCAAACCCUCACCCAGAGUUGGAAACUAUGGGGCCCUGUUUGCCCAGGCCCUCCCCAGAGACGCCCACUCCACUCCGUUCUACUGCACCCGGCCCCAGAGCCUGGCCCUGGGCUAUGCGGACCGGGCCGCUGGUCUGUCUGGCAGCGUGGGGACGAGCGGUAUCUCCAGCCUGGGAGUGUAUUCACUGAACGGACCCACACCGACCCCACAGUCACUGCUGGCAGGGCAACCCCCUCAGUCUGCAGCUGCUCAGCCUCUGGGCUCUCGACUGGCGUGGGCCCUUCCUAUAAACUCCUCCCCUUCCUCUGCACUGGCUCCGCCCACUGCUCGGCCGCCCCUCGGACCGGCCGUUCCUUCACCCAAAAUGAUCCGUCCUCGCCGAGAUGGUGAUGCAACCGGAGAGGUAAGCGAGGCAGCGCUGGUGCGGGACAUCCUCUACGUCUUCCAGGGAAUUGAUGGCAAGUUCAUCAAGAUGAGCGCCCAAGAGAACUGCUACAAAAUGGACAGCAAGGUGGUGCUGUGCAAGUCCCUGAGGGACACCAGCAGCAGACUGGCAGAGCUCGGAUGGCUCCAUAAUAAAGUCAGGAAGUACACUGACGCCAGGAGCCUGGACCGGGCCUUCGGGCUGGUCGGACAGAGCUUCUGUGCCUCACUUCAUCAGGAGCUGAAGGAGUACUACAGGCUGCUGUCUGUCCUCCACUCCCAGCUGCAGGUGGAGGAUGAUCAAGGUGUGAACGUGGGUGGAGAGAGCAGUCUGACUCUGAGGAGGCUGCUGGUCUGGAUGUACGACCCCAAAGUUCGACUCAAGACACUGGCCGCCCUCGUCGACUACUGCCAAGGUCGUAAAGGAGGCGAGCUGGCCUCAGCUGUCCACGCAUAUGGUAAAACAGGAGACCCACAGAUGCGAGCGCUGGUUCAGCACAUCCUCAGCCUGGUGUCGCACCCAAUCCUGAACUUCCUAUACAGAUGGAUCUAUGACGGAGAGCUAGAAGACACAUACCAUGAGUUCUUUGUAGCAUCAGAUCCCAAUGUGAAGACAGAUCGUCUGUGGCACGACAAGUACUCCCUCAGGAAGUCAAUGAUUCCAUCAUUUAUCACAAUGGACCAGGCCCGCAAGGUUCUGCUGAUUGGUAAAUCCAUCAACUUCCUACAUCAGGUUUGCCAUGACAGGACACCGCCAGGCAAAAUCACACCAGCAUCCAAGUCUGCAGACACGCCCAAAGACGCUGCGGAGCUCCUUUCAGACCUGGAGGGGGCGUUUCAGGAGAAGAUCGACGCUGCCUAUUUUGACACCAGCAAAUACCUGCUGGACGUCCUCAACCGAAACUACCUGCUGCUGGAGCACCUGCAGGCCAUGAGGAGAUACCUGCUGCUGGGCCAAGGAGACUUCAUCAGGCACCUCAUGGACCUGCUCAAACCAGAAUUGGUGCGUCCCGCCACCACUCUGUACCAACACAACCUGACUGGGAUCCUGGAGACGGCAGUCAGAGCCACCAACGCCCAGUUUGACAAUGCAGAGAUCCUCAAGAGGCUGGAUGUGCGCCUGCUAGAGGUGUCUCCUGGAGAUACAGGCUGGGAUGUUUUCAGUCUGGACUACCACGUGGAUGGUCCGAUAGCCACGGUGUUUACAAGGGAAUGUAUGGGCCACUACCUUCGUGUGUUUAACUUCCUGUGGAGGGCUAAGAGGAUGGAGUACACACUGACUGACAUCUGGAAGGGCCAGAUGUGUAACGCCAAGCUGCUCAAAACCAUGCCUGAACUGUCUGGCGUGCUCCACCAGUGUCACAUCCUCGCCGCUGAGAUGGUCCACUUCAUCCACCAAAUGCAGUACUACAUCACCUUCGAGGUGCUGGAGUGCUCCUGGGAUGAACUAUGGAAUAAAGUUCAGCAGGCUCAGGACCUGGACCACAUCAUCGCUGCCCAUGAUGUCUUCUUAGACACAAUCAUCUCCAGAUGCCUGUUGGACAAUAACAGCAGGUCGCUGUUGAACCAGCUGAGGACUAUAUUCGACCAGAUCAUCGAGUUUCAGAGCGCCCAGGACUCCCUCUACCGCUCAGCGCUGGAAGAGCUCAGCCUACGUCUGCAGUACGAGGAGAGGAAGAAGCAGAGAGAAGAGGAGGGUCAGUGGGGAGUAACAGCUGAACAGGAGGCGGAGGAGAAGAAGAGGAUUCAGGACUUCCAGGAAACGAUACCAAAGAUGCACUCCCAGCUCCGCAUCCUCACCCACUUCUACCAGAGCAUCGUCCAGCAGUUCCUUGUGUUGCUGAUGACCAGUUCAGAUGAGAGUCUGCGUUUCCUCAGCUUCAGACUGGAUUUCAAUGAACACUACAGGGCCAGAGAGCCAAGACUACGAGCCUCUCUGGGUGCCACCAGGGGGCGUCGACUGUCAAACAUCUAACGCCACGGCUUCGUCACAGCACGAGGUAUGACAUCAUCGACCAGCAGAACUCAAGCGCUUCACGUUAACAUGAUGCCAUCCCUCGGAGGAGAGAGAGAGAGAGAGAGAGACGCUGCUCUGAGCGGAGAGGCGGUCGCCCAGUGAUGACGUCACAGUCACAGCGGGCGGGAUCUAAAGAAAUAAUCAAAAAAUCAAAAAACAACCUUGACAUUUUGACAUUCAGCAACGAAAGAUGCAAGAUACGGGAAAGCGUUUGGGGAAAGUGUCCAGCUACAUGUGAGCAGGAGUCUCACAGGGCCACGUCACAUGGCAUGCCUUAUCAAUGACGGGAAAAAAUCCAACUUUUUCUCAGCGCGGUUGCCAAAUCCUAUCCCGACACACAC